AUGGAAGGACUAUACUUCGACUCCAGUCGACCUAUAAAGCAUGUCGACAGAAAGGCAAUCUACACCCGCCUCGAAGCCCGCAUCAACUAUCUCCAGGACUUCCUGGACUUCAAUUCCGCUGACGUCGAAGCCCUGACAACCGGCUCCAAGUACAUCAAAGCUCUCAUCCCCGCCGUCGUCAACAUCGUCUACAAGAAGCUCCUGGAACAGGAUAUCACGGCCCGGGCCUUCCACACACGGGAUACUAGCGACGAGAGACCGAUCGAGGAGUUCUACAAUGAGGAGAGUCCGCAGAUCAUGCGCCGGAAGAUGUUCCUCCGGUGGUACUUGACCAAGCUCUGCUCGGAUCCCACGCAGACGGACUUCUGGCGGUAUCUGAAUAAAGUGGGUAUGAUGCACGCCGCACAGGAACGCAUGCACCCCCUCAACAUCGAAUACAUUCACAUGGGCGCCUGCCUGGGCUUCAUCCAAGACAUUUUCACCGAAGCGCUGAUGUCACACCCGCGUCUGCAGCUGCAGCGCAAGGUGGCCCUGGUCCGCGCCAUCGGCAAAAUCAUCUGGAUCCAGAACGACCUCAUCGCCAAAUGGCGGAUCCGCGACGGCGAAGAAUACGCCGAAGAGAUGUCGCAAAUGACCCUGGACGAGCGAGAGGGAUUCCUCGGCGACAAGAAGAUCCUGGGCGACAGCAGCAGCACAUCCGCCAGCUCGAGCGACGAUGAUCGCUCCAGUGUGCACAGCAACCCCAGUAUAGCACCCAGCAUUGCGCCCUCCACGAUCUCGGCGUGUCCCUUCGCGGAUAUGGUCAUGAGCAAUUCGGCGGCGUCGACGUCGGAGACUUAG